AAAUAUCCACUUGCCAUAGUCGCCAAGGUUCUUGCCGUCAUCAGAAAUCAUACCCUCAGUGCCUACGACAUAGGUUGCAGAUUUUCUGCAACAGUCAAGGCAAGUUCACUGGGACCGGUUAUCGUUGUUUCUACACUGGCCUUCACAGAGCAGGAGUCACAUUUGUGCGUGGGCUCCUUCCAUGGAUUCGCGCAUAACUAUAUCUGCCAAACUCAACAUCAUCCUCUCGGAAUUGAGGGUGCCGGUCUUGAAGACUUUGGAGCUACAGAACAUAUUUUCAGUGCAUUGAAUACACUUGCACCUGUCAUUCACUAUGCUAGUUCAUACCACCACCAUGUUUUCCUGGACCUUUUUUUCGCACAGUGGGAUGAAGAGAAGUAUAUGAACCUCGGUACUAUGUUACUCAAUAACUAUUGCCAGGCACUGCACAUCAUAUCGACAGACACUCUGGCAUUAAGGGAGGCCAUGGCCUCCCUCAACAUUCAGCAAGGGAACAUCGAGCAGUGGCAUUCAGAAGAGAUUCAGUAUUUCCGCACUAUCGGGCAAGAGCCUGAGUGGGAUGUGCACACUGUUGUGUAUGUGGAGUUACUUCAACAGCUACAAGAAGCAGAG